AAUUCUUCUGUUUUCAUUUUUUCAGAUUGUGCUGUUGUAUGUGUUUUUUUUUCUUUUUGUUUUGGUUUGUUUUCGAAUGUUGAUGCUGGAAUAUGACAAAGCUGCUUGAUGCAGAUUGACUCGGAGCUUGGAAAGCCAGGUGGCGUCAAGAUGGCGCUGCUGACGUCAUGUUGUUGCUUCAGUUUACUUGUUGGAGCUAUUGCCAGUGGAGUCUACGCUACUCUGAUGUACCUGGUAGCGUUUGGUAUGGAGCUUUGGUGGCUUAUAGAAGCUGAAGAUGGCUUGCCAGCACCUGCCUAUUUUCUAUGCCUUGGUUACUUAUGCAUUUUCUUUGUUUCAAUAACUCUUCUUGGAGGACUCGCUGGGAGGAGAAUGAACGUCCUGUUGGCGUGGCUGUUCGUCAUGGUAUUGUUCUUGUUCCCUGAAUGUGGGAUGGUGCUUUUUAUGAGCUUAUAUCAUUGGAAACUUGACAGUCACUACGGACUGGCAGAGCUGGUUUUUUACGUAUGUCGGGCUGCGCUCAAUGUUCUUGCCAUCAUUAGUGUCCAGUCGCUUUAUGCCACUUGGAGGGAGGAGAAACUGGUCCUGAAGCGGUUGAGAGAACUUACAAUUGCGUUCGCUGCACCAAACAAGCUCUUACCUCGAGUACAAGAUGUCGAAAGAAAUGGAAAAAUCAAUGGCAGCACGAAUCAUGGCUAUUACUCUUCGGUGGAUCAGAUGAACGGUGGUAUGCUUGUUGAAGCUGGUAUUCCUAAAAUUCCAAGGUGA